AGUUGAGCUACGGAAGCGGAACACAUGCGUCGCUGGACGGGCGCUUUAAUUCGUUUUCUUGCAGCGAUAAACGCGGUUACCGGACCCGGUGUGUGUGCGGUGCAGCAUGGAUGACACGCGGAGGAUAUGCGUGUCUCUGCUCGGCUACGUGACGCUGUUAUUCGGCGCCGUGAACGCGUUCAGCCCCGCGGACACCGAGUUUACGUUCCUGCUGCCCGCCGCCAGUAAAGAGUGCUUCUACCAGAGCGCCGUUCACAACGGCAGCGUCGAGAUCGAGUACCAGGUCAUCGCUGGAGCAGGUAUGGAUGUGGAUUUCUCCGUCGUCUCUCCUCAGGGAAUUCACCUGGUUUCAGAGUUUCGUCGCUCAGAUGGAGUUCACAUGGUGGAGCCCACAGAGGAGGGAGACUAUCAGAUCUGCUUCGACAACACCUUCAGCAGGUUCUCUGAGAAGAUGGUGUUCUUCGAGGUCAUCCUGGACCAUCCGUCUAAUGACGCUGGAGCUGACGACGAGUGGGCGGGGCUAGGAGAGCCAGAGAGCCUAUUAGAAUACAAGCUGGAUGACAUCAAGGAGUCCAUGGAGACAGUCCACCGGCGGCUGGAGCGCAGUCGGCAGAUGCAGACCUUCCUGCGGGCAUUUGAGGCGCGGGAUAGGAACCUGCUGGAGGAUAACCUGUGGCGGGUCUCCUUCUGGUCCUGCAUCAACCUGCUGGUGCUGCUCAGCGUGGCCUUCAUCCAGGUGUACACACUGCGCCGGCUGUUUGACGACAAGCGCAGAGUGUACACGUAAAACACACACCGGGAAAACUGCAGACGGACGGAUGGAGAGAGAGAGCAGUGCCUUCAGAAACAAACACACUGAGCGCUCUUGAAGACGCAGGACUUCAGUUUAUGAUCAUUGAUAGUUUCUUAUAAAGUUGUGGAGAGAAAUUCAGUAUUAGAUUCUGUUCAGUUCAAAAACGCAUCGCUAUCCUCUCUCUUUAAUCCAUUCUGAGCUUCAAUUCUAACAGCAGAUGGUGCUCUAGGCUAGAGUUAAACAGCAGACGGCGCUCUAGGCUAGAGUUAAACAGCAGACGGCGCUCUAUGCUUGAGUUAAACAGCAG